CAUAUUGUCACAUCUAUUGAAACAAAAGACCAGAAUUGUCUUGCAAGUAUACAUUAAAAAAAAAAAAAACAUUUCUAAACGACAAACGCAUCUGUUUUGCUCUGCACCAGAAUGAGCACUUUUUUCUCAAAACAGAAGCCGGGUAAGAUGAACGUACUGAGGAAAGCGAACGACGACGAAGAACAACCCGGAAGUGCUUUGGAUAAUUCAUAGAGGGCUCGCGUUGCUAACAGUCUCCUCUCUGUUGUUCGUUUGUUGAGGAUGAGCAGGCCAGCGGAUGAGCUGAGAAUUAGCGAGGAGGACGCUGUGGACCGGGAGGACUAUUUUGACUGCCAAGAGACUUUGGAGCAUCCGGACCGGGACGGACGACACGCCAAGACAGACAUGAGACGUGAGACGCUGGACGACACAAGAAUAGAACCGCUUGAGAACACGCUGAACGAUUCCGAUGACGACUUGAAGGAGCGCGGAGAAGAAGUGGAAGAUGAGCAUCAGAAGGAGGAAGAGGAGAAAUUGACAGAGGAGGAAAAAGAGAGCCGACGAUUGCACAGUCUCAUCUUGAAGGAGGAAGGAAAUUGCCACUUUAAAAAUGGAGGUCAGCUCGAGCAUCAUAUUCACCAGCAUAGUACACGCGUCGCUUUUGAGCUGCGUAACGUGUGUUUGCGCAGAUUGGUCUCUGGCGGAGCAGAGCUACACGCAAGCGUUGGUGUUGUGUCCGCGCUGUUUCAGCCAAGAUCAAGCCAUCCUGUUCUCAAACAGAGCGGCUGCCCGACUGCACCUGGAAUGUUAACCCUCUUGCAUCAGGACCGGAAGGAUGACGGGAUUGCUGAUUGCUCCAGAGCGUUGGAGCUGAAGCCAGACUACCUGAAGGCCUUGCUGAGGAGGGCUGAGCUCUACGAGCAGACAGAGCAGCUGGAGAAGGCGCUGGACGACUACCAGAAGGUCCUGGAGCGAGACCCUGGGCAGGCAGCGGCCAGGCGGGCCUGCGUGAGGUUACCUCAGCAGAUCCAUGAGAAGAACGAGAAGCUGAAGGAAGAAAUGUUAGGUAAGCUGAAGGAGCUGGGGAACAUGGUCCUGCGACCGUUCGGCCUGUCCACCAGCAACUUCCAGGUCAACCAGGACACCAACACGGGCUCCUAUUCCAUCAACUUUGUCAACAAGCCCAACAACACGUGACUGCGCCGCACCGUCUUUCCACAAUAAACCUUUGCUGUCCCAUCCCAACCCCGGGCGGAUCAAUGAGCAAUCAA